AUGAGUGGUGGAGAAAGUGAGUCCCGAGGUAAUUUUAAUCAUCCUUUCAAACCGUAUGAUAUUCAAUUAGAGUUAAUGCAAUGUAUCUACGAUACAUUGUCAGAUAAGACCAAGAAAAUUGCAAUUUUGGAAUCACCUACUGGUACUGGGAAGACCCUUUCAUUGAUUUGUUCCACGAUUACAUGGCUAAGAGAAAAUAAAUCGAAUUUUUUGGUUCAGGACAGCUCUAACGACUCUGAUUUCAGUGAUGAUGAAGAUUGGGUCAAUGAAACUUACAAGACUUCCGUCUUGAAGGACAAACUGGUACUACUAAAUGAUUAUGAACGUCAUUUGAGCGAUUUAAAAUUGAAUACAAAGAUAAAUGAAGUCAUAUCCAUUCAAGAGAAGAAGAAAAGAAGGAAAAAAGUUCAAGUUGAAAUCGAGGAUAAAGAACUCUUACCAGAUCCCUACGAAUCAGAUUCUUCUUCAUCUUCCUCGAAAGCAAAAUUAAACGAUGAAAUUAAGGAAUUAUUAUCGAAAAUUGAUAGAAAGACUGCAAAAUCAAAUGAUUCAAACAUUUUCGUCAAUGCUUCUUUGAAUCCAGUAAAAAUAUAUUUCGCAUCAAGAACUCACUCACAAUUAAAUCAAUUUGCAUCACAAUUGAGAUUACCAACUUUUCCAUCUUCCUUUGAUAAGAAUCUUGUACCUUCAGAAAGAAUAAAAUAUUUACCACUGGGAUCUAAGAAACAGCUGUGUAUAGAGCCAAGCGUUAAGAAAUGGAAAACUUUAGAAGCAAUAAAUGAUGCAUGCUCAGAAUUAAGGCACUCAAAAGACGGCUGUCCUUACUAUACAAAUACUACCGAAUGGCAUCAAAGUUUGGCCAAUAAUACAUUCAGGGAUAAUAUAUUCGCCAAAGUACACGACAUUGAGGAUUUAGUCUCUCUGGGUGAAACUCUACAUAUUUGCCCAUAUUACGCUUCUAGGGACCAUUUAGACGGUGUUGAAAUCGUCACUUUACCUUACCAAUAUCUGCUAUCUGAACAAACGAGAAGGAUUAUGAAUUUGGAUUUACAAAAUUCUAUUGUGAUUAUAGACGAAGCCCACAAUCUAAUAGAUACAAUAAAUUCCAUUCAUUCAAACGAAGUGUCAUUAGCCGAACUCAAAAUUUGCAAUAAAGGACUACAACUUUAUUUAAAUAAUUUUAAGAAAAGAUUAAAUCCAGGUAAUCGUGUAAACAUAUUAAAAUUAAUAAAACUUAUCAAUGUUUUUAUAGAAUUUAUAACCAAAAAAUUUACAAAGCCUGGUAUUAAAAUCGACAUCAAUGAUAUUAUGACAGGUACAAACACUGAUGUCCUAAAUAUUCACAAAUUGAGUAAAUAUAUUCAAACAUCAAGAAUUGCCUACAAGAUAGACACCUAUUUGGUCAGAAUUAAAGACAAACUCGAUCCAACUUUGAUCAUUAAUUCAAAAUCACAACCACUACUAUUCAAAGUUUCUAGCUUCCUUUCCUCAUUAAAUAAUCCCUCGUCCGAGGGCCAAUUUUUCUUUGAGAAGGGCCCUGCAAUGAAAUAUAUGCUAUUAGAACCGAAUAAACAAUUUGAAUCUAUUGUUAAUGGUUCUUUGAAGGUUAUAUUGGCCGGUGGCACCAUGGAACCAGUAUCAGACUUUUAUGACAACCUAUUCCCUCAAAUUCCAAAAAAUGAAGCUGUUAAGUUUUCCUGUGAUCAUAUCAUACCUGAUAGUAAUUUGAAUACAUUCAUUGUUGAUAGAGAAUCUAAUUUUGAAUUCACCUUUGGCAAACGUACCGAUGCACAGCUAAUCAAUGCAGAUUUAUACAAUUUCAUAACGAAAUUAUCACAAAACGUUCCUAAAAACGGGGGUAUCAUAGUGUUUUUACCAAGUUAUCAGUACUUAAAGACUGUUAUUGAUAACUGGAAACAGAAUGGUACCUUUGAUAAAUUGAAUCAAAUCAGAAAAAUUUUCUAUGAAUCGAAGGACAACGAAGAUCCAUUAUCAAAAUACAUUGAGUGUGUCCAAGAUGGUUCAGUCUUAUUUGCCGUCGUUGGAGGGAAAUUAUCUGAAGGUAUCAACUUCCAAGAUAAUCUAUGUAGAGCCCUUGUAAUGGUAGGACUCCCUUUUCCUAAUGUCUUUAGCGGUGAGUUGACAAUAAAAAGAGCGCAUAUUGAAGAGAAAACUAUACGAAAUGGUGGAACUCAGAAAGAAGCGAAAGAGGCCACGAAAGAGUUUCUGGAAAAUAUUUGCAUGAAGGCGGUGAACCAGUGUGUCGGUAGAGCUAUUAGACAUGCAAAUGAUUAUUCUAAUAUCUACCUGUUGGAUAAGAGAUAUAACAAUGACAAUAUAAGAGACAAGUUAUCCAACUGGGUCAAGAGAAGAAUUCAAAAGGACAAUUCGGUUGAUGCUAUAAUGAAUGCAACCAGAAGUUUUUUAUAG